AUGCGAAAAGUCAGUGAAACCAAUUGGGAGGAAACCCAAACUCGUGCCUUCACAAAAUGGAUGAAUUCUCAUCUCAAAAAGAGAAGUAUGAAAGUUGAGAAUCUCAUCACUGAAAUUGGAUCUGGUGUUCCUCUCUUUGUGUUGUAUCAAGAGAUCAGUGGUGAAAAAUUAGGUAAAAUGUAUGAGAAUCCACAAAGUAAAUUUCACAAAAUUGCCAAUUUAAAUAUGGUGAUUGAUCGGAUUAAUCAAGUAGUGGAAUCGAUGGGAAUCAAACUUCAAUUCUCUGCUGAACAGAUAUUUAAUGGAGAGAAGAGACAAGUAUUGGGUUUGAUUUGGACUUUGAUUUUGAGAUUUCAAAUUAACAAAUCUGCUUUGGAAGUUGAACAACCAAAACCAACACCUAAAGAAGUCGAACCAGUCAAAGUUGACACCACUACAGAACAAGCAACAGUAACUGUCACACCUGUAGAACCUGUCAAACAAAAUAUUCCAACAAAACAACAAAAACCAACCAAAGCCAAUGCUGGUGACAGUGCAAAACAAGAAUUACUGAGAUGGGUUCAAGAAAAAUUAAAACCUUAUGAAAAUGAAUUUGUUGUGAAAGAUUUUACUCACAGUUGGCAAGAUGGUAAAGCUUUAAGUGCUUUAAUUAGUACUUUGAAACCAAAAGCUCUUAAAUAUAAGAAAAUAGAUUUUGUAAAUACCACACCUUUGGAAAUUAACACCAAUGCCAUUCGUAUUGCUGAAGAGGAAUUGGAUAUUCCAGAAAUUAUUGAUCCAGAAGAUAUCACUGAUGCACCUGAGGAACUUUCUCUCAUGACUUAUAUUUCCUAUUUCAGAGAUUAUGAUAAUCUUCAUCCUGAAGCAGCUCAAGAAGUUGAUGAAGAGGAAGCAGUGGUGACAGAGCCUGCAGUCACACUUGUUGAAGAACCAACUCAAAUUAUUGUUGAAGAUAUUAUUCGUCCUGAGAUUGAUCCAUCCAAAUGCGUGGCAGAAGGUCCUGCCUUUGAUGCCAACAACCCACCUGCUCAGGGAUCAAGAACUUUUUUCACAAUUACAACCUUUGAUGAAGAAGGAAAUCGAUACAUUCCAAAAAGUGUGGAUGAUGACGAAAAUCAAGUUAUUGUGAAUUUAUUUAGUCCACACAUGUCUGAGGAUGAGACCAUUCCAGAACCUGACAUUAAAAACAAUGGAGAUGGUACUUAUGAAGUUUCCUUCAUUGUUCCUGUCGGUGUGAAAGACAUGAAAGCUCUCAUUGUGAUCAACGGAGGAAGUAUUCAAAAUUCACCUCAUGAUAUACCAAAUGCUACUGUGUUUGAUCCAUCUAAAUCAUUGAUUACUGGUCCUGGAGUGGAACCUUAUAAUCUUUUUGUUGAAGAGCCAACUAGUUUUACGAUUCAAUGCAAGGAUAGUAAUGGAAAUAAUAUUCCACAAAAAGGAUUGAAGUUUGACAUUACGCUGACGGAUAGCAGUACUGGAACGAAGGCUCCUAUUGAUGUGACUGAAGUGACUGACAAUGGAGAUGGAACGUAUACUGUGAACUAUACACCAAAGUGUCCUGGAGGUAGUUAUGAACUUUCUGUUCAAACCACCAAUGAAGAGGGUGUCCUCGUUCCAGUAGGAAAUUCUCCUUUUGAUGUCACAUUUGAACAAAAAGUGUGUCCAACCAUGUGUACUGCUCGUGGCAAUGGAAUUUUACCUUUUGGAUUGAAAACUGGAGUGUUAACCAAGUUUGAUGUUGAAAUUAGAGACAAGGCAGGAAAUAUUAUUCCAUUUGUUACCGAUGCAGAUAUCACUGUUGAUUUAGUAUUGAAUGAUGAAUCCAUUGAACCAGAAGAUUAUUCAGUGAAGAUUGAAAACAAUCAAAAUGGUACAUUUACAGUUUCCUAUAGACCUAAAAGAGCUGGAGUUCAUUAUAUUCUUGUAAAAUGCAACGAUGAAAAUAUCAGUCAGAGCCCAUUCAAAGUAGAUGUCACAAACAUUCCAAGUGCUCCAAAUUCCAAACUUAAAUUUGUGUCUGUGAAAAAUUUACCCAAUUUAGUGGAAACAGAACUCGAUUUGAAAGUUUUGGACUCUUUGGGAAAGAAAGCAUUGAGCAAGAAUUGCAAAUUAACAGCUCUCGUUGAAGAUGAAGACGGUAAUUUAAUUCCAGCCAUGAUCGUACAAACCAAAGACGACAAAUUUAAAGUCGUCUUUCAACCAAAAGGAAAAGCUGCUCCUCUUCAAAAGUUUAAAACUCAAAUUCUUAUGGAUGGAGUUCCAGUUGGAGAAUCAGUCACUGUGGAACACAAACCAGCACUCGCUCCAAAAUUAUGCAAAGUAUUUGGUCCUGGCUUGAAUGGAGCUGAUUUAUUGAACAAGGACACAGUUCCUGCCAUGUUAAAAAUCAAAGCUUUUAACACAGCCAAUCAACCAUUCAUUCAAAAUAAUUUACAACCUGUGAAGGCAUCUGCUAAAAAGUUGAAACGUCUUGCCAAGACCAUUUUCAAAGAACCUGAAUAUUUCAAAGAUUUAUUGAAUCCAAUCUUUGAUCAUGAAUACCAAGAUGAAGUGGUCGAUUCUAUUGAUUUAACAAAAUCAGUUGAUUUAGAUGAAGUACGACCACAACUCGAAAAACAUGUCAAGAAACAACCCUUCCACGUCAUUGUGAAAAAUGAAAAGGAUGACACGGAAGAACCAACACUUGUUUUUAACACGGCACCCUCCGAAUAUACUGUAUUCUAUCAUCCAACCAAAGCAGGACCAAUUUCAAUUACCAUUCUUGACAAGACACCACAAGGUACUAUUUCUCCACAACCUGUUGUUGCUGAAUCUCCGUAUCAUACCUUUGUCACAGAAGGAAUUGAUCCAUUGAAAUGUCAAGUGAAAGGACCAGGUCUUCUCAAAGCUUACAAAAAUCGACCAACGUACAUUACCUUGUUGCCAAGAGAUGUACAUGAUUAUCCAUGUGGUGUUGGUGGUCAUGAAUUUAGUGUCAUGUUGUGUGAUGAGAGUCAAACUCAACCUGUUCACACACCACUCACUAUUGUGGAUCUUGGAAAUGGAAAUUAUGAUGUGAAAUUUAAUCCACCUAAAGCAGGAAAGCAUUUUAUUAGUGUGAAAUGUGACGGAAAAGAAAUUAAGGAUUCUCCAAUUCCAAUCUUUGUGCGAGAUGAUCAAUAUGCUCCAGAUCCAAAGAAUUGUCAUGUUUACAAAAAUCCUGAAAAGAUGAAGACCACUAAACCACGUCACUUCUUUGUUCAAAUGAAAGAUAAGAACAAUGAACCAAUCAAAUCUGGUGGAGAUCCUCUCAAGGCAGUACUCAAAACUCAUGAUGGAAAAUUUGUUGAAAAUCUUCCAGUUUAUGAUCCAAAUACUGGAAAAUAUAAGGUGGAUCUAGCUCCAAAACGACCUGGAAAAUAUGUCGUGGUUUGUUCAUUGGGUGAUGAAGAUGAUGGAGGUGAACAAAUUUCUGGAUCUCCAUUUAAUUUGACAGUUAAUCCAGGAUUUGCUCCAUUAAAUUCUGAAAUUGGAGAAUGGGAGUAUGAUAUUCACACAGCUCAAGAAAAUGAAGUUGAGGAUUUGAUGGUGAAAGUUAAAACUCCAUCUGGUAAAACUAUUUAUCCUGCCAUUACGAAAUAUCCAAAACCUGUCAUGCUUGAAUCGGACGAUGGUGAGACCAGUCAACCACAGGAAGAUGAAGCUGCAGUUGAUGAUGAAUUUUCAAAGGGUGAUCGAUUCAAGUUGAGUAUUCAGACCAAGGAUGUUGAAAAGGGGAUUAUUUGA